CCAGGUGCCGGGCAGCUGCAGCUAUCAUGUGUGUGGGACCAGCCAGUUCCCUGCCCCUCUCCAGAUCGGAUCCAGCCUUGAUUGAAGUCGGCUGGAACCUUUUUCACGGACUUCAACAGGUUUGGGAACAGCCUCCGCGUCCCAGGAGCCCUCGGGGCUGUUCGAAGCCAAGCCCAAAAUUUUAGCAACGUGUCCUGAGCAGGGCAACGUGUCCAGCCCGGUGCUGUGCGUGUCUUGUGAUGGAGGAUAAAGCAUCGGAGGUAUUGCAAUCUGCUUCAUAUCCGUCAUCUCAAUGAUCCCGGGAACAGGUACACGCAGCGUGGUGAUCGUUUUGUCCCCCCGGCACCCAUCAGCCAAUGAGUUUCAGGAGCAUCGCAAUGCAGCGUCUUCCCUUCGGUAUAUUCUCCGAGGUUCUGCUGUUGGACAACAUGGCCCAGGUUACUGUCGGUGUGCUGAUAGAAGAACAUCACGAAAACAGGAGCCAAGAAAACACAGAUGGAUUCCAGAUUAAACUACUGAGUGACAGCGAAUUGCAGAAACAGCUCCUCCUCUACGGAGUCGAACCUGGACCAGUACUACCUUCUACGCGGACUCUUUAUGAGAGCAAGCUAUUAGAGUUGAUGAAUUCGAGCCCACAAACACCACGUGGUCAGACAAAUGAAACGGAAGACCUUGACCGGUAUUCAGAAAUGAAGGAGGAGAAAACAAAAGAGACGACUACUGAAGUAGUCCUUGAAACAAAAGACUUCAAAGUGACAGCAGCCUGUGCCUCUGGCUAUGAUAAAGCUCCACACGCAGAAGUUUCAGAACGUCACAAGAAACUCCUGUCUCCUGAUACAGAUUACAGUCUUGCCAAGAUAGUAGCAGAGCUGGAACAAAUAUUGCCAGAGGAUAAGCUGGCAGCGCAUCUGAUGCAUGGACAAAAGCAGUCAGGUGGCAGCAGUCCUCAGCCCACACGCAGGAAAACGAUAGCUGACACACCUGGGGGCACUGUUGGCAAAGAUGAUGGCCAAGGUGAAACAUGGUUUCCAGCCUCUCAGUCUCCUGUUGGGAUAAGUUCUAGGCAAAGAGCAGCCAAGGAGAGUGGCCAUUCAACCAAGGAGACUGUAGAGACGGUCAGGGUGGAGAAGGAAAAGCUGAAGCUGGAAAAGCAGAAGUUCAGGGCAGAAGUGGCCCGAGAGGAUACUCAUCAGGGGCUCAUACCCAUGCCAGUGAGGAUCGCCAUACUCACCAUCUUCAUCUUUGUGCUCUUUGUGUACGUUACGAUGGAAACGAACCCAAACAACCCCUUCCUCCAGUUCAUCAUGGCAAGGUUUCUCUAGCAGUGCCACGGGUCCUCGUUAAGGAGCAUUUAGCCCCAACUCCACACUGAUGAAGGCGUGCUUUUCUCUUCCCUACAACUUGUGAGCAAGCUCUGCAGGUAGCGAAUUAAAAGACCAAAGUGAGGGGAAAAUAUAUAGUCACUGAGUUUUGUUUGUCUGGCGUUUUGUUAGACAGUAGCUUACAGCGACUGCUUUAUCAUGUCUCGCCUGCGCUGGUGGAAGUCAUGGACUGGCACACGUCUUUGGCCAGUGUCACCACUCAGAAGUAUUUAAGGGAUUGCAUUUUUGUCUAGCUGAUCAUUGGCUCCGUAAGAAGUUAACCUUUUCUCCUAUGGAGCCAUUCUGUUCCCAUAUGGGAGAAGCACUAGCUUUAGGCUCAGGAGAGAAAUCGCACCCGGACAUGGUGAGCCAAGUAACAGCCCCCAUGAUACCACACAAAGUGAGAAGCAAGUCUUAAAGUUUCAGGGAAUCGUUCUCACUGUAUCUCAGCCUUGACUGAGAGGAUACCUUCUUUUCCACCCCUCCAAUUUUUGUAGCGGGAAGGGGGGCUGUGGGUGUCGGCGUACUUCAACAUCAAUGGCGUGCUUUCCUCAUUUAAAGGUGACUGUUUUUUGUAAUACAGCUGAGAAUACACUUGGCUUUUGUAGUAGAGAGACAGACUGCUGCACUCAGGGCUUAACCCUGAGAAACACACCAAAAACUUAUUAAGUAGGGGUUUUAUGGCUGCAAAUGUAGCCAUUAAAUAGCAUAAAACAGUGGUGGUCGGGGGGACAACCUUUUUGGCCAGUGGGCCACAUAUUAGCCCCACUCCCUCCCUGAGCCCCAGUCUA